UUCAGCCGCUAGAUGGCAGCGUGGAUUUUAGAAACCUUAACCGAUUUAUUGUGUGACCACAGAAGAAGACCUUCAAAAACAUCAUGUCUGCGCACGGAGAAAUGUGCAUAUAAUGGGUGAUUUCAGGCUAUUUUAUUAGCAGGCUUCCAGAAAGAAUGUCUACCCCAGCGAAAGGAGCAAAGAAGAAAGAAAAAAAGAAGCCCAUACCAGUGAAAACUUCAAUGAAUAGCCCAUACAGCAUUCACUGGAGUCCACUAGAAAGAGAGCACAAGCAUUUCAUACUGAACACACUUAAAGUCAAACUAUCCGCCGUUGGGCUUCAGAAACAACGAGUCAAUUGGUUUCGCAAGUGGGGAAGCAGAAGAAGGUCCAGAAAAAAGGCAUCAAACCCCACAGAGGCACGAAAACCAGCUCCCGAACCCGCAGAGAGCGUACAGACUCCCUCAAAGCCCACCGAGCCGUGCUGGAGCAACCCGGCCGUGAGGAAACAGCUAGCCAUCGGCAUCAACGAGGUCACCAAAGGCCUGGAGAGGAAUGAACUGAGUUUGGUGCUCGUGUGUAAUUCGGUAAAGCCAGCACACAUGACGUGCCAUUUAAUCCCGCUGAGUAAGACGAGGUCGGUGCCCGCCUGCCAGGUGCCCAGUCUGAGCGACACUCUCGCGGGACUGUUGGGUCUCAAGUGCGUCCUGGCGCUGGGUUUCAGACGCGGCAGCGAGGUGUUCGAGGAUGUGGUCCGCGCGAUCCCACCCGUGGUUCCGCCGCUCAGCGUGGCUUGGAUCCCGACGGAUUCCACAGAGGAAAAGCAGAGCGAUACAGUAAAGGGGCAGAAGAGGAAAUUAGAAGAAAUGUCGGAUGAAGCCAGUGACGCUUCUCCUUUAAUCCUCCAGCCUCUAAAAGUGAAGAAAAUCAUCCCAAAUCCUACGAAAAUCAGAAAACCGAAAAAGAAAGGAAAGCAAACGUGCUUAUCGACUGUUUAAGAUGUGCUCCAUGAAUGCAGGUUACUACAUAGUGUGUUUGGACAAAUGUGGAUUAAGUAUAUUUAUAUUUUCUUAGGUUUAUGUAAUGGUUAUGGAGAGGAAAAAGACCGAGAUGAAUUAUUUUAUAUUUUGGAUGCUUUUAUUCAGUCAAAUAUCCAUGCUGGUAUACCUUGAUGUAUAUUUUUGACAAUUAGAUAUUUGGGUGGACUCUGUCAUGUUUGACAUGGUGCUGCUGGUACUUAUUCCCAUCAGUUCCAACCUGCAAUGGAGUUCAAUAAAAAUACUGUCUUCAGAAAGAGAAAGCUGAUCAUUUAAAACUACACAAUUUGACAUUUAAAAAACAACCUCUCUGAAAUAAGGCAAGUACUUCGGGUGUUCUCACCGUAACCCAUAAGUUCUUAAACCAUACAGAUUGGGAAAAAAGUUUCAUGCUCAUUUCAUACAGCAAGCCUUAGAAAAAACAUACGCAAACUGACAUUCGCGAAAGUGCCCUGGACAUUAUUGAAUAAAACCAACGGCUGAAAUGUGGAACUUUGAGAGGAGUACCUUUCUUUUUAAGCAUGUCUGGACGUGCGCUUAUUUAAAAGCAUAUUGUAGAUUCAGAUACAUUAAAGCAAACCAUGGCAAGAUAAGCUGUAUUAACAUAAAAUCAGCUUCUGCUGUAUAAUAACGUUGUUCACAUUUCAUUACGCCUCAAACUGUGAUUGUAACUGAACAGCGAGCAAGCUUUCCUGACCGCAUCACUAAAAGCAUUGGAGAAAUGCUUAUAUCAAAAUGACAAUGCACACACGAUUGUUUAAUUCUCCUUGUGCUUAAGUAUAGCAAAAUUACCAGGGCCUGAUCGCAAAUGCACCAUUUGAACGAGGUUAUGGUUUGACUGCAAAGAAUACUGACAGAACAAAGAAAAUCAAGAAUAAAA